GCAGGGGCCAAACGUCCGCCGGGGCGGCCGCUGCCGCCGGGCUGGCAGCGUAGUCCCCCGGUGCUCCGUCCCGCCGCCCGGCCAUGGAGCUAUGGCAGGUGUCGCUGUAUUUCUCGCGCCUGUCUAUGUUCCCCUUCUUCGAUCUGGCUCACUAUGUGGCCUCCGUCAUGGCGCUGAAGGAGCAGCGGGGAGCUGUGGAAGUGGCAGUCCGUAGUCCAGUUGCCUGCUGGUUUAGUGCUAUGCUUCAUUGCUUUGGUGGUUCAGUUUUGUCUUCCUUGAUGCUUGCAGAACCUCCAGUAGCAUUUCUGGCGAAGGGCACAAAUAUUCUACUGGCAUCUUCAGUCUGGUACCUUGUAUUUUACUGCCCACAAGACCUAUUCUACCGGUGCUUUGCCUUUCUGCCUCUUCGCCUCCUGGUUGCAGGAAUGAAAGAAGUGACUAGGACUUGGAAGAUAAUGGCUGGCAUUGCACAUGCAGACAGUCACUUCAAAGAUGCCUGGCUUCUCAUGGUUGCUGUGGGCUGGGCCAGAGGAGCUGGUGGUGGCCUAAUUUCCAACUUUGAGCAGCUGGUGAGAGGAGUCUGGAAACCUGAAACCAAUGAACUACUGAAGAUGUCCUACCCUGUGAAAGUGACUUUGAUAGGAGCUGUUCUUUUCACCCUGCAACACAGCCAGUACUUGCCAAUAGCAAGACACAACCUUAUGUUUUUAUACAGCAUCUUUCUUGUUGUCUCCAAGGUAACAAUGAUGUUGACAAGAACUUCAGCUUCUCCAUUUGCUCCCUUUGAGGCUGCAUUAGGCCAUAUGUUCUUUGGCUUGCAAAAGACACCAUCCAAAGUGAGGGGUGAAGGUGCCUCAUCUUCCAGUGGCUCUUCUGACUGUGACCCGUCUUCUUCUGAACAGCCCCGUGAUGGUGUUAGGAAAAGACAAGCAAAGAAAACUGAAUAAGUGGUGUAAAAUGAUCAUAAUCUUUAAAGAUGUUUGUAUUUCAAAAUAGACUAAUUGAGAAAUUUGUUUAAAGAAAUGCCUGUGAGGAGAGAACUGGGUUGUAUACUACUGUGAUGUUGUUUGCCUUUGGAAUGUGUUUUGUAACCUAUUCUUCAGAUGUCUUAAUGCACAUGUUGAAUUUGUAAGUUAAAACCUACAACUUUUUAUAGUGUAUAAGUUUACUAACUUUUGUAUUUAUAAUAACUUCACAAGCUUACAUGCUUACAAAAAGAUAGUUUCAAAAUGUGACAAUCAGCUUCCCGCCCCCCCCUCCAUUGCUUGUUUCAACUCCUCUCCACUCUAAUUCUUAUGCUUUGUUUGAAUAGCAUGGAUUUGCACUGCCAAGUGUUCACAGCAUGUCCCAAAUAAGAAAGUAAUUAUCUGAGUAAGGCUUAAUCCAUAUUGCCCUGUAAAAACACGAAAAUGUGCCGAACUUAUGCCUUUAACUAGAAAAGUAACUGAAUUACUGUGAUAAUUCACGUUGCACUGGUCUAGAUUUUCAUUUACUUAUGCAAAUAUUUUUAAUAUUUUUCUAUUUUUUAAAAUAGGAGUGAAUUAUCUGGCACUUUAAAAAAUCCAGCAGUUUACAGGUAGCAAGUAGGAACAUUUCGACAUUUUAAUUGUUGCUUACUUUGACACUUUAUUUGCAAGCAUUUGAUAUAUAGAUGUUUUUUCAUGUUACACAGGGGAUUGACAUGUGGUUUGUAGCUAUCUUUUGGUUUGACUGGGACUGGACAUCUCUGCCUGCAGUUUUAUCCAAGCAUACACAUUUUUUCGUUUCAAAGCCAAAGUUCCAUUUAAAAAAGAACACUGGAGAGUACAUUUACCUUGUUGCUCAUGAGUUAAGCCUUAUUAUGGCUGCUGUUAAUAAAUACCUGCACUAGUUUGUAGCAAUGACCCCUAGUGCUACUGGGGAAGAACUGUUAAUAACAGAGGCACUGGAACUGUUUAUAAGUGUUUGCUGAAAUCUGCUGCUUCCUGCUGGUUGCAUCUUUUUUGCACAUGAUGUGGAGCAGUUUUAAGUGGCAUACACUUCGGAAAUGAGAAUACAGAUAUUUUGGAGAUGUUACAUUUCAUAAGAAUAGGAUCUUUUUUGAGCAAUCUUUCACUGAUGUGCCAAUUUUUAGAAUAAGUUAAGCCAUUUUUACGGAAUUAGAUUAUUUGUCUUCAGAGUGUACUGCUUUGAAGAGUAUUCUUCAGCGAGAGGAGGAAGGUUAAUAUUUCUGCAGAGAUCCCAAGGAGAACAUGGAGGGAGAUCUGACAAAAUUCUAGUUCCAGGUACAUACCUAAUUUAGAAAAACUGUCACUGGUGCUGUUCUUAGAGCUUGAAAGCUAAAAUGAGUAUAUUCUUCAAUGGAAAUCAAUAAUAAAAAACCAAACCCCCAGCUCUUUGGACAAAAUAGCAGUCAUAUUCCUGACAUUUCACAUGGAAACUUGGUGUACAGUUACAAAUGCUUGGAAUAUUCACUUGCAGGGUGUCUCAGUUUUUUGUAGCCUGUUAUCAUGGAUGUAUGGAUAAACUUGAAGCUGCAACCUGACUAGUUGAUGAUCAACUAGUUAUUUAGCAACACCAGCAGAAGUUUUAUGUCCACAGCUUUUAAACUUUUGGAUGUUUUUUUUUCAAAAGGUGUAUCCCAAGAACCUUUAGAGAAAUAGAUUGUGCUGUGGAACUGUGUUGCAUAACUGUGAAAUACUGUCUGAUAAAUAGCCACUCUUAGCCCAAGUAAAUGUGAGAGCAUGCUUAAAACAAUUAUUUAACAUGUUUACAUUUUGAAGGAAAAUACAUGGUUUUGAUUCCAUUUUAGACUUAAAGUUGACAAUAUUUUUUUGAAGUUUUCUUACCUGAAAACCUUAAGAGAAAUACAAAUCACACUAAAAAUGUAAAUUAUUGUGAGACAGAACAUAAGUUAUGCUGAAAGAAAUCCUGUUGUAAGCACCAUGAAAAGUAAGCCUUCAUGUUUAAAGAUCUCACAGGCUUCUGAAGGAUUAGUGUUCAAAAGAACUCUGUACUGAACAGUUAAAUGCAAGUGUUCUGAGAACUACAUUUUUAUAAUACAGAAAAGCUAACCAGUUGCACAGGGUUUGACCUGUUCUGUAGGAGAGUUUAAUGCAGUCUGUCCACGAUGCCUUAAAUAAACAAUUGCUUCCCAGCUUCCAUGGUGAUAGUUUUAUAUGUCUGCUAAACUUCUCUGUAUGAGAUUGGUAAGAAUUCUCUAUAGCUGUUACAUUCUGGUAAAGCAUGUCAGACUCAGCAGAGCUGCAUGUGUAAACUAGUUCACUGUAUCUAAUUUUGUCAUUAGCCUCGUAAAAUUAGAAGUAGUUCUCUUGUAAUAAUAUAAAUUAAGGCUUGAAAGAGUUGAAUUUUCAGCUCAAUUCUCAGGCUGAAAGGGCCUAUUCCUGAUAAAUCCAAUUGCUGUUCUGGGUCUUCAUUUCUAUUAAGUAUGCCUAAUUUUUAUAAAAACAAAUACCUGAAGAUGUGGUUCAUAAGCUAAACCAAAGGUGCUUUAGAUGAUAAAUGCAUUUUGCUUUCCUCUUCUGUAUUUUCUCCUUUUGACUCUAUUGGAAAGAAAUGGGGAUAGAAGGAUAUCACACAUGACAGUGCCUUAAUUCUUAACUUGAUUCUUCAGUCUUAGGCAAACGCAGUCGUGCAAGAAUUCCAAACAUCUGUCUUCUGUAGGAAUCUGAAUUUCCUAAAUAUUAGGGCUGUGCUGAAAUCUAACAUCUUCCAACAAUCUAAGCAAAUGUAAGCUUUACUCAGAAUGGAUACUUUUAAUUUAUAAGGUGAAUCCUCAUUUCUGAGGUCUAAACGAAGCCUCACCAACAGAGAAGCAGCAUUUGACACUAAGAUGAGAAUAAAAAAUGUGUUGUAAA